AGACCUGAGCUGAGAUCAAGGGUCUGAUCGCGAGGCCGGCGAGCGGGCGGGAGGCCAUGGCGCCGUCCGGGCCGCUGUUGCUGCUGCUGCUGCUGCUGCUGGUCCCGCUGGCCGGCGCGCGGGCCGGACCCUACUUCCGCCCGGGCCGGGGCUGCCGCCUGCCCCUGCGGGGGGACCAGCUGUCGGGGCUGGGGCGCAGGACCUACCCCAGGCCUCAUGAGUACCUGUCCCCAUCGGACCUGCCCAAGAGCUGGGACUGGCGCAACGUGAACGGGGUCAACUACGCCAGCGCCACCAGGAACCAGCACAUCCCCCAGUACUGUGGCUCCUGCUGGGCCCACGGCAGCACCAGUGCCAUGGCGGACAGGAUCAACAUCAAGAGGAAGGGGGCGUGGCCCUCCACCCUGCUCUCCGUGCAGCACGUCCUGGACUGCGCCAACGCGGGCUCCUGCGAGGGGGGCAACGACCUGCCGGUGUGGGGGUACGCCCACGAGCACGGCAUCCCGGACGAGACCUGCAACAACUACCAGGCUAAGGACCAGGAGUGCGACAAGUUCAACCAGUGCGGAACCUGCACGGAAUUCAAGGAGUGCCACGCCAUCCAGAACUACACCCUCUGGAAAGUUGGUGACUACGGCUCCCUCUCCGGCAGGGAGAAGAUGAUGGCGGAAAUCUACGCCAACGGUCCCAUCAGCUGCGGUAUCAUGGCGACGGAGAAGAUGGUCAACUACACGGGCGGCGUCUACGCCGAGUACCAUGACCAUGCCUACAUAAACCACAUCAUCUCUGUGGUCGGCUGGGGCGUCAGCGAUGGCACGGAGUACUGGAUUGUCCGGAAUUCGUGGGGGGAACCGUGGGGUGAGCACGGCUGGAUGCGGGUAGUGACCAGCACCUAUAAGGAUGGGAAGGGUGCCAGUUACAACCUUGCUGUGGAGGAGUACUGUACAUUUGGGGACCCCAUCGUUUAAGGCGCAUGUCUCCAGAAGAGCAGUGCUAUCGUGAACCACAAUCAGAGGGGGUCCGCUCGCUAUGGGCACUGGGUUGGUACCACCACGGUCUG